CACUUCCCUUAACCGAGCGCCAAGUCAAACCAUCGCAGCCCUUCUGCUUUUUAGGCCCCUGUUGAACUUGAGCUGAUGUGGAGGUUUGAAAAGAUAUUUUAUUAAUUUAAGCAUUCUUACAAUCCACUUUUUGAGUUCGUUUCGUAUAGCGAUACAAAACUGUUUAUAAACCAUGGAUGAUCAGACGGAAAUAAGCUCCACCACACCGUCAUACGGUUUUCAGGAUGAAGAUAGUAAUGUGAACUCGCUGAUGGAUGAAGCAGUGGAUUUUCUCAGUAACAGAGAGGCUGAGGCUGUACAAGAGGAUGAUGAUAUUUUGGAUCUGGCCGGAGGUGCGAAAGAUGCCAUAGAGAGGCACAAGUCCACAUUGCCACGUACAGUUACCGAAGAGCCACUGUUGGACUUCAGUGAUCCAGAACCAUCGUCUUUACCCAUCCCCGGUCAUCCAGAGCCCAAAGCUGUCAAACCAGAACCGUUCGGUGAGGAAACGCCAAAACAGACGAAAGUUGAGGAGAAGGAAGACAAAACGUCAGUUACACCAUCCAAACCUAAAACAUCGUCAUCAUUGGUGGACCUGCUGUAUUGGCGAGACAUGCAGAGGACGGGGGUGGUGUUUGGUGUCGGUUUGUUCCUGCUGUUGUCCCUCAGCGCCUGCAGUGUUAUCAGCGUCUUUUCUUACGUGGCCCUGGCCCUGCUGUCCGUCACCAUCUCCUUCAGAAUAUACAAGGGAGUCUUACAAGCCGUUCAGAAAUCAGACGAUGGACACCCCUUCAAGAUGUACCUGGAUAAAGAUAUCGCAAUCCCUGCGGAAAUGGUUCAUAAGUACGGUGACAUGUCUUUAGUGCACAUCAAUGCUUGCAUCAAGGAGCUGAGACGGCUCUUCCUGGUGGAGGAUCUGGUGGACUCGCUUAAGUUUGCAGUCCUCAUGUGGAUCCUGACCUACGUCGGUGCCUUGUUCAAUGGUCUGACCCUCAUCAUUUUGGGUUUCAUUGGUGCGUUCAGCUGGCCAAUCAUCUAUGAAAAACAUCAGGCUCAAAUCGACCAUUACUACGGACUGGUGAACAAGCAAAUCAAAGAUAUUGUGGGAAAGAUCCAGGCCAAGAUUCCCGGAGCCAAACCAAAGACGGAGUGAAGAAAGUCUGAAUGUGUGUGUUUUCUGCGUGUGAGAUCUGAUUAAUGGUGGAACAAGAGAUGACGGACAGAGUCGUGUUUGGUUUGAGAACAAGGCCUUAGACGAUGCAAUGUAAACUUUCUCCUCACCCCAGUGUUUGAAAUCUUAGCAUAACCCAAGAAUCUGAAACCUUUUAAACCUCGUAUCAGAGCUAGUUCACAGUGUAUAUAAAUAAAACUGCUAUGUAACCCCAUUACACAACGUUGUCUGAGGAACUGAUGUCGGUGAAAGCAGGAAUUUGAGUUUUUGGUUCACUAUUUGCCCAGUGAAUCAUUCACCUGUUUCAAGUCCAUUUUGAAUCAUUUCCUUCACAACAAGUCUUUGUUUUUAGCUUUUCUUUCAUUUUUUUUCGUUUGUACUUUGCGUGAUAAAGCACAGUGGUGUGGUGGUGUUACUGUUGAUGAAUUGAUGAAAUCGUAUUAAAGGUGAAGAGGCUUCUAGAAUUCUGUAGCGGAGUUUAAAAGCAGUUUUAUUUCGCACUUCAAAGGGACGUUACAUCUUGUUACACCUGUUUAUUCAUUGAUGUUUUUAGCAGUUUGCUAAAGUUGGCCUAUCACCUCGUCACUUUUCUGUUGUGUCGACAUCGUUUGCAGAAUUCGCCGUCUCCAUCGUCGAUCGAACACUCGAAACGGCAACCGCUCUUAAACUCUCAAACUUCAAGCACUGUUUUUCAUGCAGGUCAUUUGUAAAUGAGAAUUCAGUUUUGAUGAAAAUUUGCUGAAGACUGUCUGUGGAAUGCAUUGUGAAAAUAUAAGCCAAUAAAAUAUCAAUAAAGCUUGUAGACGAGG